CAUGUCUGAGCUGGAGAAGGCCAUGAUCACCAUCAUUGAUGCCUUUCACCAGUACUCAGGGAAGGAGGGAGACAAGCAUAAGCUGAAGAAAUCAGAACUGAAGGAGCUCAUUAACGAGGAGUUGACCCAUUUCCUUGGUGAGAUCAAAGACCAGGAGACUGUGGACAAAGUCAUGGAGGCCCUGGACAGCGAUGGGGAUGCAGAGUGCGACUUCCACGAGUUUGUAGCCUUCAUUGCAAUGGUCACCGCUGCUUGCCAUGAGUUCUUUGAGCAUGAGUGAGCUGGUAGGAAGCAGGCGAGCACCUCCUGCUCAUGCCGGAGAGAUGCAGAGCAGCAUCGCUCCUCCAGGAAAAAGACUGGGUGCAGAUUAGGGGCUCCUUGGAGUUAAGCUUGUGCUAGACUUAAGCAGCUUAUUAAGUUCUACAGCUUUG